AUGUUCCUAAUCAAUGGUUGUUGUGAUGUUAACGGUACAUGUAAAUGCGUGAUUCAUAUUCGAUUUGCGUUCGUGCCUCAACUGUUUUAUACCCCCGUCCCUGUUUCAUUGAAAUGCAAUGAAUUCAGACGCACAAGAGAAAUGGUCGCCGAAUGGAGGAGGGGCGGAGGGGGCAACGUUGAUAUUGAAGAUGACGUUGCAAACCUCUAUAAAAUCCACAAAUGCAUGUUUCUCGUUCAAUUUCUAGGCAAAUUUGAAAAUUUUUUACUUUCUUGCAUCAAUGUCGCAAGACCGUCAGUUACAUCGUUAACUCAAAAGUUACAAAUAAGUGCAUCGCGAAAUCCAACUUUUCAUCAAACUCAUUUUCAUCUGUCGAGAGAUGAUAAAACGGAUCAACCAAAUUUUUGGCCAUCUCAAAGAGACAGCAGCGAUCAACUUAAUACACCGACAUUACCUCCUUCUCUUCCGCAUCCCCCUCAUCCUCAACAUCGUCGACACAAUCAGUCUGUUCUCAUUUUAUUCAACCUCAUCGUAACCAGUCCUUGCAAGUCUCAUCACACUCCUAACAUGGUCAUCAUUCUUGCAGCACCUCUUCGAAAUUCCCCAACACCUUAA